AUGUCUAACGUAUAGAAAAAGCAGCGGCAGUAAAAGAAAAAAAAAUGCUAAAGAAUAGUCCAUUUUACGAGCCGUUUUUAUGAAUGAAAUUUUGACAGGAGGUAGCGUCCUAGCCCGUGAAAAUCAAUAUCAUCAACAACAUUGUUGUCACUUCGUAAAAUGGCUCAUACCAUUUCAGUCCCCUGUUGCACACUCGAUAAGGGGUGAUACACAAAAUAUAUCACGCAAAAAUCAACCAUUUUAAACUCCCCUCCCCCUACGUCACACUUCUUGUGUGAGACCUCAUAAUUAUUUUUAUAUGGGCGAGAGUUUUGGCCGAUUUUCUGAAACCGUUAUACAUUUUUGUUUUAUGAACUUUAAGCGUGUGUGGUUGUCACUCACAUUUCUCGCCACAGUGCACGGAAAAUCAAAACAACUUAUUUUUGGGUUUAAUAUUUAUGUAUCCAACAUUAAUGAAACCGAAUAUCCAUUCGUCCAGUUAUAAACAACGAGUCGAUUUUGUGAAUGAAAAUUUAAUCAUGACAGGAAGCGACGUUCAAUAAAUAUCUGACUCAUCAAAAUUGGCUGUCACAUACAAAAAAUAAACAUUGCCCUCAAAAUUUUGAGGCAAUGAGCCAUUUUACGAAGUGACAACAGUGUUGAUGAUGAUAUUGAUUUUCACGGGCUAGGACGCUACCUCCUGUCAAAAUUUCAUUCAUGAAAACGGCUCGUAGAAUGGACUAUGUUUUGUCGGAUCAGGACUCGGAUAUGGGCCGACGCCGAAAGAGAGAAAGAGAAGGAGAUAAAAAGUGACGGCACAGUGUAUACAUAUAUGCACAGUCUGGUGGACUGUCACUUUCGACUGGAGCCAAUCGAGCAUGACGUCAUAGUUUCCACGCCGAUAAAUGCUACACCGUGACGUCUAUAGAUAGUAGAGUAAACAUAGAUCCGCGAAGAUGAAUUGAUUGUAUCCAAACCAACUGUCAAAAUUUGUAUCCAAACGAGCAUGACGUCACGAGUUCGACAACAUCAAUGGAACGAAUGACGUCAUAUGCCUUCGUCGCACUCUGGCAAAUUACUACUCACACGCUUGAAACAUUUUACUCAGCGAUGUCCGCAUAUCUAUGUUUACUCGACUAUCUAUAGUGACGUCAUGCUCGAUUUGCUCCGGUCGAAAGUGACAGUCCGCCAGACUGUGUAUAUAGUGACUGUAAUCGCGAUUGGCAAGAAGGAUUUUUCAUCCAAAUAUAACGACGUUUACCCAUAUUUGAGUUUUUAUGUAUUACCCAUUAUAUGAGUAAACUUUACACCUUUUUCUCGGUAUAUUUUACCCAUAAUCCAGGUAAUGCAUAUAAAACUCAAAUAUGGGUAAAUGAACUACCUAUUCAUGGGUAAACUGGUCUUAGCGUGUAGGACGACUUGACCAAACUUGCCACCGGCAUUUCGUUAGCGUCAUUUCAGAAAAACGCGGUUACAGUAGAAAUUUUGAAAAAUCGGCGUGCAAAUCUCGUGUUUAUCGCGUUCAAAAUGGGCAAAAAAUACGUGCCCGUUGCCAAAAGGAAACUUCGCGCAGCGGUGAACUCCAAAAACUUGGAGUUCUUGACUAAUCCUAAGCAGGAACAAGCGAAAGGCGGUGUACCGGUUAAGCCGGGCACACCCAAGGGUGCGUCUGAACCAGAACCGAUUCCGGUAGGUCGACCGGCGGGCGGUAAGAAUAAUCUUCCGGCGACAAAAACGGUCGUAGCACAGCAGCCUCGCAUCUGGAAAGCGGCGGUACCGUUCAAGCCGAGCGCGCCCAAGGGUUCAUCUGACCCAGAGCUGGUUCCGGUAGAUCGACCGGCAGUUAGGAGGAAGAGGAUUCCGGCGACAAAAACGAACGUAGUGCAACAGUCUCAGACCUGGAAAGCGACUGCACCGGUUAAGCCGGGCGCACCAAAGGGUACAUCGGAACCAGAGCCGGUUUCGGUAGAUCAAUCGGCGAUUCGUAAGAGGAGUCUCCCGGCGACAAAAGCGAACGUUGUACAGCAGUCUCAGAUCUGCAAAACGGCUGUACCGGUUAAGCCGGGCGCACCAAAAGGUACAACUGCACCAGAGCCGGUUCCGGUAGAUCGACCGGCGGUUAGUAAGAAGAGGAUUUCGGCGUUGAAGGUUUUGACUAAUGCCGAACAGGAACUAGACAGAGGCGGUAUACCUGUUAAGCCGGACAAACCCGAGGGCACACCUGAGCCUGAGCCGGUUCCGGUAGGCCGACCGGCGGUUGAUAAGAAGUAUCAUCCGGCGACAAAAACGGACGUUGCACAACAGCCUCAGAUCAGGAAAGCGACUGCACCGGGUAAGCCGGUCGCACCAAAGGGUACAUGUCAACCAGAACCGAUUUCGGUAGAUCGACUUGCGGUUCGUAAGAGGAGUCCUCCGGCGACAAAAACGGCCGAAGCGCAGCAGUCUAAGAUCUUGAAAGCGGCUGUACCGAAUAAGCCGGGCGCACCCAAACAAACAUCUGAACCAGAUCCGGUCCCGGUAGGUCGAUCAGUGGUUAGUAAAAGGAGUAUUCCGACGACAAAAGCGGUCGAAGCACAGCACUCUCAGGUCUGGAAAGCGGCUGGCGGCGAAGGAACUGGCUUCCAGAUGAUCAAGCGCACGUCUGCAAAAACAACUGCGCCAGGGACAAUACGUUUUACAGAGAGAAAACCAAACGUCAGUCCGGUGAAGCCGCAGCGUUUGAAUACAAUGGAGUUUUUGCUAGACUGGGAGGAAACCGAUUUUCCGGAGCAAUUGCAACAGCUGGAUGUACCCAUGGAGUUUCUUCAAGACUGGGAGGAAACGUACGUGCCAGAUAUCAUCCAUCCACAGGCCUCUGAUGAAGACAGAUCCGUUUCAGGAUCAUCGACGUCCCCGAACGUGUCACUGGAAAUACCGGUUUCAAAAAAACAUGUUUUGGAACAUACUCCGAAAAAGUUGCAAGUACUCCGAGAGAAACCAGUUACACUGCAAAAUUCGGAUUCGGGAUCAUCGACGUCACCGGAUAUGCUAGAAAUAGCAUCAAAAGUCGCAAAUGACUCGCAAGCUUUCCGGCAGCAUUCAGCAUCUUUUGGCAUUUCCCAUCCUGGGUCGUUGAUGUUCCUGGAGUUGCCAGUUGCUGAGAACAGACAAAUUGCAACGAACACGAUGUAUGCAGCGAAGGAAGUUCCGGAUGAAUUGGACAUUUUUGAUUCGGAUGAAGAGAAUCAAGCUCAAGAAUCAGAUCCCGGAAGCAAAGUGUGCCGCUGUGGACAACAGUCCACAUUCGAAGAGUUGAUGAAAGAAAAUGCGCUCUUGAAGAAAAAAGUGAAUAAACUGAAAAAAGCAUACCUUGAGGCAACAAAUCGAACCAUUAAUCUGACUGAUACAUUGACGUCUAAAGUACUCGGUACGCAUGGGGAGGACAAAACAUUUACAGAAGAGGACGGUUACCCCUCGGCCCAACAACUGAAGGCCAUGUCCAAUCAAGCCAUACGAAGCGACUAUAUUUUUGUCAAACUUCUAAUGGAAGAGCUGUGGCCAGAAGGAUUCUACAAUAGGUCGGUAACCGGAAGGGCAUCGAACAACCCAUUUGGACGUCCACCUGCAGGUGGCAGGACAGUGCCCAACCUGCCUCCGUCUGUGCCCCGCAUCCCACUUGAAAAAGAUAAAGUGGAAUACAUCAAAGGUAAUCUUCACUGCAUAUACGCAUGCUUAACAAUUUCUAAUCUCAAGCUUUAUGCUUUUCCAGCACGAUUGGUUGAACACCGUGUGUUCAGAGGGGACACUCCGGCAGUAGCCAAAACCGCUGCAGAUGCUGCGACAUCUCUGAUGAAAAGAGUACUGUCAUACUACGGCAAAUCAGGCUAGAGAAUUGAUUUGAACUAUGCAUUUCUUAAACUUGUGUAUUUUGUUUCAUUGAAUUUUACGCUCCUACUGCGGCAACUCUAAUAGAAAGAGUUCUGUCGUUCUGUGGUCAGCAAGAUGGUUGCAAAUUAUGCAUCAUCAUGUUUCUUUAUUUUGUUUAAUUGAAGUUUUCUUCUCAUAACUUCUGAUUUGGAGCAACAAGAGCAAAUAUAAAUACCUGCAAUCGAAAAUUAUUCUUUUAUUUGGAUGAAAAGAGAAAUAUUCUUGGCAUUCAGCUUACUUGUCAAAAUACCAAAAUGUGGUAUGGAAGUAUCAACACUGCAUGCGAUUUUGAUAAAAUUCUAUUUAAAUAAAUUUAUUUUAAAAUAAGAAAAGAACCAGUUGAUCUUAAGUAUAUACACAUUAUACAUAAAUCAAAUUGAAGUAUAUAUAGAAUAGUUAAUCAGGUAAGAUUUUGCGAGUUCUUAUAGGUAAAGAACUUCUUAUCUGAAAAGUUUGGAAUAUGAUAUGAAUUUGAUAGAAUUUUAUCAAAUUUUGAUACAAUGUGGAUAUUUUCAUAUCAACUGUUGUUAUAAUUAACGUUCUUUUGGCACGUAAGCUGAUUUUUUUAUAUCUGAUUUAUAACAACUAUUGUUAUAAAGCUGAUAAAAACAUAUCAAAACCUGUUAUAAUUCUGAUACAUAUAGAACAGUAUUUGUUAUAUAUUUAGUUAUGUUUAUAUCUACUAUUGUUAUAAAGCUGAUAAAAACAUAUCAAAACCUGUUAUAAUUCUGAUACAUAUAGAACAGUAUUUGUUAUAUAUUUAGUUAUGUUUUCUCAUGUAUAGAAGGUUUUAUAUCUAUUAUAUUACAAAAUGUGAUAUAAUAUGUUUUCUCUUUCUUGGUUUAUUAUAUCUCAUGUUGUUAUGUCCUUGAUAUAAUUGUUUCAAGACCUGUUAUAAUUAUGAUAUACCUAGACCAAUUAUUGUUAUAAUUUUUGUUAUUUUAACACCUAACCGGCUAAUUUUAUAACACAUUCUGUUAUGAAAUUAUUUUUGAAAUAAUAACUCCGUCUGUUAUAAUUUUGUAAUUCCUUUCUGAUCGGGUACGGGUAGGA